GUACGAUACUAGCAAUGAACCCAAGAGCCAAGAAACCUAAGAAAAUGCGACUGAUUAAAAUAUAAAUCGAAAAAAUGAAUUUUGACAUCCUUCAUUCUUCUUCUGACUUUAUAGGUUUGGUUUAUUUGGGUUCAAUCAAAAAUCAAAGAUUAAUUAAUAAAAAUGGCAAAAAAGACUUACGAUCUACUAUUUAAACUUCUGUUGAUUGGCGAUUCAGGAGUAGGAAAAACUUGUAUACUCUUCAGAUUUUCCGAUGAUGCAUUCACAACAACGUUUAUAUCAACCAUAGGUAUAGAUUUUAAAAUAAAAACUGUAGAAUUAAGGGGAAAAAAGAUCAAACUCCAAAUAUGGGAUACUGCAGGACAAGAAAGGUUUCACACCAUCACCACAUCCUACUAUAGAGGAGCUAUGGGUAUAAUGCUAGUGUAUGAUAUUACAAAUGAAAAGAGUUUUGAGAAUAUAGUAAAAUGGUUGAGAAAUAUAGAUGAGCAUGCUAAUGAAGAUGUGGAAAAGAUGAUAUUAGGAAACAAAUGUGAUAUGACAGAUAAGAGAAUAGUUAGCAAAGACAGAGGAGAAAUGAUUGCUCGAGAACACAGUAUAAGAUUCAUGGAGACCUCUGCAAAAGCAAACAUCAACAUAGAGAGAGCAUUUAGUGAACUUGCAGAAGCUAUUUUGGAUAAAACAGCAGGCAAAGAACCAGGUGACCCUAUAGACAGGGUGAUGGUAGAUAGGAGGCAGCAGUCCAAUACCACAAAAUCAUGCUGUAAUUAAUCUAUUUAUUUUAUUCAAAGGUUUACAUUACAUCUAGAAAUCACAAAUAGCUACUGAAAAUUCGAAAAUCAUUGACAAGUCUUGAGAUUCUUUGGGUCAUAUAAAAAAUAAGAAACUAUAAAAUAUCAAAAAAUUGUGAAUAUGAGCUUAUACUUGAUUUUUUUGGGUUUGAGUUGGCUUUCCUGUGCUUCUGAAUAUUAUAAUUUUUUAUAUUGUAAUCCUAGGCUUACAUUUAAAUGCAUGCAAGAGUGAAACAAAAAUAUUUUCCAUGUGAACAAAGAUUAUUUACCUCUGUAUAUGUGAUUCUGUAAGGAAAUUCUGGGCAUGACAUUUCACAAAUGAUGCUAAUCACAGUUUGAACUAAACUAUUUAAAUGCAGAGUGUGCAAUUUCAAGGUUUCAACUCACAUCUUCCUAAUUUGGAAUCUGUUGACAGAUUUUCAAAAAAAAAAAUUCCAUGAUAUAGUACCUACUCAAUAAACUCUCUUGGAAAAUGUGGACAAAUCUGAAAUAUUCAGAUUCUCAAGGCACACACUGUUUACAUCUGAUUGGGGAUAAAGAACAAUUUUCAUUUUAAUUUCAGCUCCACAUUCAAUAGCAUAGAUCUUGAUGUUUCACUUGAAUGCAUUUUUCUUCAUUGUGAAAAAAUUAUAUCUCAAUGCCUGGCUAUUGUUUCAAUUAAUACUCAUGUGUAUAUUGUAAAAAACAUGUUCAUUUUGAAACUUGCUUAUAAUAUGAAUAUCUAUAGAAAAUGGUGCAACAAAAAAAUAUCUUGCCCUUAUAGCUUAUUCCAUAUUCAUGGGAUUCCUUUGGAACAGUCAAUGUUAUUUUUUCAAUUGUCAUGCUUUCUAUCAUAUUAUGUGAUCAUGUCAAAGCUGGAACACUCUGUAUAGACAUUUCAUGAAAGUUACAGUUUCCCAUUGGAAACAAACUGAGAUGAAUAAAAUAAAAAUAUGCUCUGUAUAUCUGGAUACUACCUAAUUUGAAUAAGCUCCAAAUUAUGAUUGAGUGGUUUCAUGUGCAAUGUAAUUGGAUCAAAUGAUAAUUGUGUAGGAUUAUUAAACAGUCUAGUUCUAGUUUUAACCCUGUGUUGAUAUAUUUCUGUGGAAUUGUUGUUCUAGCAAUAAUCUGAUGGUUUCUGCUUUAAUCUUAGGCAUUUCAGCACAUUUCAUAGGGAAAUCUGUGUAUCAAAUUGAGUUGUGUAAAUUAGUUAUUAUUGAAUAUAAUUUUUAUUGUACUGUUUGAUUGCAUUCAUUCAAAUCCACAAACAUCUAUAAGUAUUAUGAAUAAUGAGCAUGUCUGCAUUCAGGAUGUUGAAAAAAAUCAAAGAAUAGGUGUAUUUUAAUAUUUAAUAUGCAU